UUCCUCCUCAAGGAUGCUGCUGAUGACGAAGUGAUGAAACGCAUUGAGAUGUGUCGCUGUUAUAUUUAAUAACUAAAGGCUUAAAAAGCCUCUGAAUAGUCAACAGUUACUAAUUCCGUUUAUGUAAUACAACGAAUUGAUUAUGAACAGAAAACACAGAAAUACAAUUGAUGCUUAUUUUAAAUAUAAUAACGCCGUAAUUACCGAAAGGACAAAAAAGAUGCGAGUGCUUUGUUACAUAUAAUUUAUCCUGUGACAUUUUGUGAGAACGUAGAUGGUUCUCAACAGUUAACUGAUUUAUUUCUGCGAAGACUUUCGUUCAGAGAACAAAAAAGUGAAAACAUUUACUAAGAAAUAUUUCCUUCUGGAUAUUUUGUUAUUCGAAAUUUAUGUUAUAAAUAGCUAGCAGGUGCUUGCUUAGCCGUGAUGUGUUUACCUAUUUGCUUAAUGUUUUAGUUUUUUAAAUACUUUCAAAAUUUUUGCUCGAAGUUGUUAGAAAUCAAUUUCUCUGAUUGCAAAUAACAAUUAACAGACGUCCAGUAUUUAAAUCUUACCACUUCCUCCACAUGAAAGACAACAAUUUAACGGAUUGAGUAUUGUGACCGCUGGACUUGCUAAAAAUAACAUCUUAAUCUCCCCAACCGUCUUUUUCCUUUGAAAAAAAAAAAAAAGGCACAUUAAAUAAUGUUGUCGUAGACGCACCUCGUUAGUCAACUAGUUAUAAUUGUAAUGUUUGUGAAGAACGGAAAUCGUUAUUUUACAUUUAUUCUCAAGGUCUACAGUAAUACAGAAAAGGACUAUUUUACUCAUAAUACUUUUACAUUAUCCUGGAAACAACUUGGACGUUGUGAUAUAUACACACAAAUCAAAGCCCAGCCCUUCAAAGAUUCAUUCUGCUUCUAAUUAACCGAGUAUCAAAUAUGCAAAAGCUUUGAAUAUGUUGGUUCUACUAGUCUUGCUCCUGUUUCUCCCAGUGACUAAUAGCUAUGAUAAAUUAAUUUUGGAACCAAAUGAUCCAUUUGUCUUUGUUGGAGAUUGCAUUACAUUUACUUGUAAACUAAAUUCCACAACUUUGGAUGAUGCUUCGGCACUGUAUUUUACCAAUUCUUCUCCAAAUGAAACAACAUUCAACAAGACAAGUGCUUCUUUGAAGAAAUGCUACAACAGUAGUAAAAAGGCAGACACCUUUGUGUGUAAAUAUUCCAACACUCAAGUCUAUGCUGGCCAAUUGGUUAAAGUUGAAGAAAAACUUGUACCAAUUCCUAAGGAUUCCAUAAAGUGUAUUGUAUUUGACUGGCGAAUACUGAACUGUUCAUGGAGUCUAGGACAGAGAUACAAUUAUAUGGAUAAUGUUGGCGUUGACUUUUGCUGGUCUUAUACGAGAGCAAAGAAAUGUACUUCCUUACAAAAAUCUCUGACCUGGAUGAAUUUAAGCCGAGAUGAGAUAGACUUGACCAUAUCACUUGGUUUAGAUUUCACAGUCCACUACACAUACAAGGAGACUAAGUAUCAACAAAGGACACACAUUAGACUGAAUGCAUCAAAACCAACCCAACCGUCACCUGUGAAGAACGUCCACUUGAAUGUUAAUGACACCUGUGUGCGUAUGGAAUGGAAGCAUCGCUAUGUCUAUAAGCUACACUUCCAUAUUUUCUUAAAAGAAGUGAACUCUAAAAAAUUGUCGAAUUUUUCAGUCGAAGGAAGACGGUUUUACUUCUGUAAGCUCAACCCUUUUACGAAAUAUGAACUUAAAAUUUAUGCAUUACCCAAGCAAAAUGGUAUAUAUAGUGAACCGUAUGUUGAAACAUUCAUUUCCCAUAAAAGUGUUCCUGUACACUCACCAAGAAUUACAAAUGGCAGUUUCAAAAGAGAUAUUUCAGAUGUUAAUUCUGUCACAGUAUUCUGGAAGAACUUAAUGAGAAGAGAAUUUGGUGAUGAAAAUGUUGAAUAUCUUAUUCAAAAUAAAAAUUCAAAUCUAACAGCUUUUCAAAACAAUUUGUUACUUGAAUUAUCACUAAACAAAACCAGUUGUGAAAAUAUAAGAAUAUGGGCUAAGAACUCUGUUGGUUAUUCGAAGCCACCAUCAUCUAUACGCAUUUGUGAUAAAUCGAAAGUUCCAGAUUAUCCUCGGAAUAUUGAAGCAAUAGUACUCAACUCUACCACCGUGUGGAUCAAGUGGGAAAGUCCGAAAGACAACCACAUGAGGGUAACGAGAUACACAAUCUAUAGAUGUGAUAAGGAAAAUCAUUUUAGAAACUGCACUUGGAGUUAUGUGAAUGGUAAUGAAACCUCAAAGAAUCUGUCAAUGAAUACAGAUGUUAAUUCAUACAGUUUUGCUGUGUCAGCAGAAAAUGACGAAGGAUCCAGUGGAUUGAUUUGGUCGCCAUGUCUAUUCAUUUUAAAAAAACCUGAAAACCCUGUAGAGUUUAGAGUUAUUGCUAAAGAUGGCACUCUUAUUGUAGAAUGGGACCAUUAUAACUGCUACAUUGAGAAAGCCUACCUUACUAAUUAUGUAGUGUCUUACUGUGUUUCUUUUAAUAAAACAAAUUGUAAAGAUAAAAUCCAAAAGAGGUAUAUAUCAAAGAAGCAAAAGAAAUACGUAAUUGAUAAUUUACCCAAAGAUAAAUAUUUAGUGUGGGUGAAAUCUUCGACGAGUAUAGGUGAUGGUCCUGUGAUGACUCGGGAGAUCCAAGUGAAUGGAGAAACCUUGCCCAAAAGUAUCCUUUGGAGCAUUAUCGGCUCUAUGAUUAUUAUGCUGUUUAUUUUCGGGAUUAUAUUUAUCUAUGUGAAACGGUCCAAAAAGUUUGUUGAUAAGAUACCAUUUGAAUAUCCUGGGAAAACGGAAGAUAAAUAUAAUAGUAUUUCCAGUAUUAUGCAUGUAGAUACCUUGAGUUCAUGUAUCAAUGAUGAAGCUUAUGACAGUUCUUCUGUUUUAAUAACACCCAAGUUAUGUUCAGAGCCUUCUCCAGAAAGUGAAUGCAAUCAAAUGUAUUUACAGGAAAAAACAAGCUUGGAAAAUGAUUUUAAAAGCAAAGAUAUAAAUGUCCAAGGUCUUCAUGAUCUUCAAAAAAAUAGUUCUAAAGAAGAGUUGACGGAAACUGCAAUGGAUUAUGGGUAUAAAGAAAUGGACUUAAGCUUUGAUACCUGUGAUGCUAAGAAGCAAGCACCUUCUGGGGAAAGUAAUGAAGAUCAAAAAUCUAACCCUUACAUUCGGGCAGUUCCAAGUUUCACUAGCAUGAAGCAUCAUGAUAAAGACGAAAAUUCCGGUGAUAUCUUUGCAGAUUUUGUUAUUGGCAAAAGCGAUUAUGUAUCGAAUUCUUCAGACUUUGAAAAUAUCUGCUUUGGUAACAAGUCAUAUAAUAGUAUGCAUACCAAUUCCGUUGACAAAGCUGUUGUACAAAGCUAGGUGCUACGAUUGUUUAAAUUUGUGAUUAUACAUAUAAAAUUCAUCUUGUGAAGCUUGAUUUGAUGCUCAAAGGAAUAACUUGAAAAUAUUGCUACUUUUGCUGAUAAAUCUGGUAUUAAAAGUAACUUUCCAAAUUUUGUUAUGUCUGCGGAGAGUCAUUCUGUUUUAAUGCCUUAUUAACAAACACAAUCACCAGUUCAAUUUCCACUCAUCUACUUAUUAUUUUUUUUUUGUAAACUUUUCAUUACUUGUUGCAACCACUUCAUUAAUUGUCGUCUCUUCCCAUUAUCGGAGCUACGUUCUUUUCGUUUGUAUGUGCACCAGACAAUGUUUAUAUUUUGAAGCAUCUUAUUAACUCGUGAUUUACAUUAUGCUCCUUGCUUUACAAUGGAUAUUACUCUGGAAAUUACUCAGGUGUCCACCUUUUCUAAUAAAAAUUAUGUUUAUUUAGACGAACUUCAUACUGACCUGAAAAAUAUGCUAUUGUUAUCCUAAUUUCCAAAAUGUAUUUUAUUUCCAGCAUUAGAAAAUGUAUUAUCUUGUCAUCAGUUCCUAUAAGAAGGAGACCGUAUAUAUAAAACAUAGACAAUGGUGAAUUUGGUGCAG